GCGCUUUCCUCGAUAGCGACCAAGCUUUCACCCUCGCGCUGUCCUAUAACGAUCACCGCACAAUGGUUUCGUUUGCUACCAUCCGUUUAGGUGUUUACAUCACCAUCGCGCUUUUCUCCCUUGUUGUCCUUGGCCUUGCCGGUCACAUCGUCUACGGUCUUGGGAUCGCGACUGCAGUUCUGACGCUUGUGGUGAUCAUCCCAGUACUCGUCAUCGACCACCUCCGUCGUGGCACAUUCUUCGUCUGGACCGCCGUCGAGCUUGGCUGGCUCUUCGUCCUCUGGGUGCUAUGGAUUGCAACUGGUGGUGACGGGGCAUCCGCAGCGUCGUUGUGCAAUGGUCUCUCAUCUUACGAUUACCUCGGCUACACUUACUAUGUGGGUUUAGCCGAAGGAUACUGCCACGAGCUCCAGGCAGCAACCGCAUUUGCCUUCCUCAACUGGAUUAUGAUGUUUGGCAUGUUCAUCUACAUCCUGGUCAUGGCCGUCCGCGCACAGCAGGCCGGGUAUCCGGGCAUCUGGCAGGACUCUCUCAUGGAGUACAAGGCCAACCCCAACAUUGGCACCGCCGGACCUGGGACGACGUACACUCAGCCUACGGCCAUGACCAGCAUGUCCAACGAGCCGAAGUACGCGACGGGCCCGGCUGGUCCUGGCAUGGCGUAAUGCGUUCCUUUCUGGCCUUGGAGCCUAUGAACGAGUCAGGUUUUUAGUUUUUAACGAACUCUCGAGAUAUACCUCUUUCUUUGGUGUGAUUGUCAAUUUCUGUUGAAGAAAUGUGAUGUUCCAAUGUCCCAUUUCGUUUGCGUGCGGGAUAGGGGUUCCUUUCAUUCCGUAUACAAGGACAAAAUCGUAAUCACGCACUUUAAUAUACAUUUGCC